GUUGCAACAGGGCGGGUGGUGUGGAGGGAUUGUAAAUCCUUUGAUCCUGUUGGCGGGAGUUGCCCACUUUGCCCCGACAGAGCCCUUAGGUCGUGAGUCCCCUGAGACUCUUACACUGGCUCGGGGCGGAGGGACGUCCUGGCUUCCAGUUGAAGCUUCUUUUCCGGGAAGCAUUGCCUGCGUCCUGCUGCAGAACACACUUCCGGUGUCGGCCGGCUGGGGACGGGAUGCUGCUGCUGCUUCUGCUGCUACCCCUCUGUUGGGCGGUAGAGGUUAAGAGACCCCGGGGAGUCUCCCUCAGCAACCAUCACUUCUAUGAGGAAUCUAAGCCUUUCACGUGUUUGGACGGCACAGCCACCAUCCCGUUCGACCAGGUGAACGAUGAUUACUGCGACUGCAAGGAUGGCUCAGAUGAGCCUGGCACAGCCGCUUGUCCCAAUGGCAGCUUCCACUGCACCAACACUGGCUACAAGCCCUUGUACAUCCCCUCCAGCCGGGUUAAUGAUGGGAUAUGUGAUUGCUGUGAUGGCACAGAUGAGUACAACAGUGGCACCGGCUGUGAGAACACCUGCAGAGAGAAGGGUCGUAAGGAAAAAGAGUCCCUGCAGCAGCUAGCCGAGGUCACCCGAGAAGGAUUCCGCCUCAAGAAGUUGCUCAUUGAAGAGUGGAAGACGGCUCGGGAAGAGAAGCAGAGUAAGCUGCUUGAGCUUCAGGCUGGAAAGAAGUCUCUGGAAGACCAGGUGGAGGCGCUGCGGACAAUGAAGGAAGAAGCAGAGAAGCCAGAGAAGGAGGCCAAAGAGCAGCACCGGAAGCUGUGGGAAGAGCAGCAAGCUGCUGCCAAGGCCCGGCGGGAGCAGGAGCUGGCGGCCAGUGCCUUCCAGGAACUGGAUGACAACAGGGAUGGGGUGGUCUCCCUGGCCGAGUUGCAGACUCACCCAGAGUUGGACACGGAUGCAGAUGGAGCGCUGUCUGAGGAGGAGGCCCAGGCCCUUCUCAGUGGAGACACACAGACUGACAGUGCCUCCUUCUAUGACCGUGUCUGGGCCGCCAUCAGGGACAAGUACCGCUCUGAGGUGCCGCCCACUGAUGAGCCUGUCCCCUCCACCCCGGAUGUGAUUGAGCCCAAAGAGGAACAGCCACCAGUGUUGCCGCCCACAGAGGAGGAGGAGGAAGAGGAGCCAGAAGAGGAGGAGGAGGAAGAGGAGGAGGAAGAGGUGCAGGGGGAGCAACCCAAGGAGGCCCCAACCCCUCUGCAGCCCCCACAGCCUGCCAGCCCUACCGAGGAGGAGAAGAUGCCACCGUAUGAUGAGGAGACACAGGCUGUCAUCGAUGCUGCACAGGAGGCCCGGAGCAAGUUUGAGGAAGCCGAACGGUCCUUGAAAGAGAUGGAGGAAUCCAUCAGGAGUUUGGAACAAGAGAUCUCCUUUGACUUCGGUCCCUCUGGGGAGUUUGCAUACCUCUACAGCCAGUGCUACGAGCUCGCCACCAAUGAGUACAUCUACCGGCUUUGCCCCUUCAAACUAGUCUCCCAGAAGCCCAAACAUGGGGGCUCCCCAACCAGCCUGGGCACAUGGGGCUCCUGGGCUGGCCCUGAUCAUGACAAGUUCAGCGCCAUGAAGUACGAGCAGGGCACUGGCUGUUGGCAGGGCCCCAACCGCUCCACCACAGUGCGCCUGCUCUGUGGCAAAGAGACAGCGGUGACCAGUAGCACAGAGCCCAGUCGCUGCGAGUACCUCAUGGAGCUGAUGACACCGGCAGCCUGCCCAGAGCCGCCGCCAGAAGUGCCCACUGAUGGAGACCAUGAUGAGCUCUAGCCUGAACCUCAAGGCCUGAAGCCCGUCUACUCGCCAUGUAGCCUACGAUGACCAAGGCCCGCCCGCCCUGGGGUUCCUGACCAUUCUCCAGGUAGCCGGAACCACUUCUGGCCCAGGCUAGCCAAGCCAUGCUCCUGAGGCCCCAGCGACCUCCAGAGAUGGACAAUGAGCUCACCUUUCUUCUUGGAUUCCUGGGGGGGGGGGGGUAAUCCCUGCGCCCUGCCUCCCCAGCUGCUGGGAGAUGAAUGGGUGACUUGACAUGUGACCUCGGAACAAUAAAUGUGACUCCCCA